CCUCCCAUUGUAAACUUAGUUAUGUCUAGAACAAGUGGUUAGAAACGAAUAAUAAAAUACUUUCCUGUUGGAAAUUAUUAGGACACCCUCCCAUGCUGAAGUUGUGAAACCACAUUCAAAUACCCCCCCCUAAAUAUCAGUCAUUUCAACCUUAGUGUUGAAGCUCAGUUAUUCAGUACUGUGGCAUCUGUCCAUUGGUUUCUAAAUACGAUUCUCCAUUUACUUUCUUGCUUAUUGAUUUUGCAAUGAGGAAUAUCACAAAUGUUACAUUACACAAUUUACAGAGCAAGUGAUUUUGUUUUUUUAGUAGUUAACACCAGAGUGGGGAGUUCACACUGUGAUCUAAUUAAGCCUUUUCCAUGAACAAAAUUGUAAUUAUUUGGUUUAGUGGUAGUUAACAAUAUUUGGAUUUAGGUUGUUUCCUGUGUUUUUGAUGUUACGAUCGUCACUGCAUUUGUACAGUAGAGAGUUCCUAUCAUUUGGUCAGGGCUAAGUUUCUUGUAGUUAAACCUUCAAAAAAUGCAUGUGAGUGAAGAUCUGUAACUUUGCAGUAUUGCAUAACUUUAUCAGUGUUUAUAACUUAAUUUUACUGAAGUUCAUAAUUAUAUUCAUUGACAUUUUACAUUUGUCUGCCUUCCAGCAGAGAUUGCCAUCAUCUGCAUGAUGAUUAGAGCUUCAAAUUUUACUUUGGGAUCUCAUUGAUAUGUUUUAUUGUGAUCCUAGAGUAAGUCCUCAACUUGUGCAGUAGGUUAUUUUAAUAGAUGGGAGUGACCUAAAUUGUUACUGGGCUUAUGAUUACAUGAAGACUGUGUAGGCUUAUCAGUCAGUCUAACAGCAAGUGAUAAUCUACUUUAACCACGAAAGAAUUAAAUAUGAAGGUUGAGCUCUUUUCAGAAGAGGAGCAGAAUGUUUUUUUGGAUGUCAAGAAAAAUGAAGAAAGAAGUUAUACAUCAUCUUGUAACAAUAGGAAUAGCUGAUUCCUUAGGAGGCAGAUCAUCACAUACCGUUUUGAAGUUCACUGUAGCAAAAGAGAACCAGGAAGAGAACUGUGAUGUAAUAACAGAGAAGACUGAGAACAAAGUUAUUGAAGUGAAAACUGAGCAGCCUGAUGAUCUACUACAAGAUGAAGUUUUUUCCAAGUUCAGUGACAGUGGUGAUGAUAAUAACCUAAACAGUUUAAAAUAUGUUGUUAUUAGUAGGAAAAAAGAAUCUCAAUUUCAAGAGCUACAACAAAUCAAAUCUGGAUUAGAAAGUACAUCUGGUAAGUACAAAAAGGUCUCUUUACAGAACUCUAAAUUCAUUGUACUGUGAUUUUCUGAAUACAAUACACUCCCAAAUAUAAUAUGCACUCUGAUCAUCAUGAACAACCAGUCAAUCUGCCUUAUCAACAUAAAUGAUAUGCACUUAGACUUUUGUAAUGCUCCAGUCAAAGUAAUCCUUUGAUGACAAGAAUGCUAGAGGGUCCAUAUAAUCUCUAAUUGUGCAUUUGUCUUAGCGCUUGCUAUGUUUGCAAAUAAACACUCUCAAAAAACAAUUUGCAGCUGGUGUUCAUUAGUCAUGGACCUUCGCAACAAUUUUCCUACAAUUGGAUACAUGAAAUUUGUUCUAAGUCAUUUCUUCUAUUAAUUUUAUAAGACUGAUUUAAAAAUACACCAUAAAAUUAAAGCCUAUCACAACAAAUCUACAUUGGCUGUUUAUGGUCAAGUACUGACACUUCAGUGUUUAAAUAGAUUGGCCCAUUUUGAUUUCUUAAAGUCAAGUUAAGUAACCUAAUAACUCAUGACAGAAAAAGGUCAAGUCCUCGUAACUUUCUCGUUACAGGCCUGGUCAGUUUGACCAAUCAUGUGACCCAAAGUUGACCUUUGUAGUUUACAUACUGUAACUUUUAAUAUUGUUUGUGAAUCUUCCCAUAUUUUUUCAAACUUUUAGAAAGCAUCAUGUCUUGUUGACAAAAAAUCAAAAUUUUUAAUUAUGUAUCUUAACUAAGCAUCUUAAUCAUGUUUAUAGAUACUACAAUGAAUGAAAAUCAGAGACAGUUUUCAUCUAUGCCUUAGAAACAGAGAGAAUUAAUAAGACAUAACAUUGAAACACAUUACUAGAAAGUAUGCAUUAUUGUUUGCAAUGCAAGUCGAAAAAGAUGGUCUGGACUGGCUGUAAAAAACCAUUUAUAUUUGUUAUCACAUAUUAUAGGCACCUUAACUUCUAGAUAAAUUAAAAAAGAAUUCAUACUAUAUUGGAAAAUUACUGUAGCAGAAAAACUUAGUUAAAUCUUAAUAGUUACUAAAAUUUACUGAAGUAAACCUGAAAAUGUGAUAAUGAAAGACUUGUAGUGAAAAAGGUUUUGUAAUAUAUUGAAGGAAAAUUAUAUGUGGUUGGAUUACAUUGGCUAAAAACUUCAGAAGGCUCGCACUAGUGAAAAUUGAAGUAGCUAUUGUAAAGAAUUGAUGCUACUAGCCCUUUCAAUGUUCAUCACAACUGGAAAAGUAAAAUAAUUCAGUGAGGAUUUGUUUAUACUAAGUCUGUUCUGGACUAGCAUUUUAAUUGAGAAUUGUUUAGUUCAAGAAAGAGUGACAAUUGAAGUAAAGAUCCUACAGGAGGUAAUGAAAAUACAAAGUAAUGUAAUGUGUACAGUUGAAAUAAGGUCCUUACAAG